AGAGUGAACACAUCGACAGGCAAAUAAAUUCAAAGAAAAUAAAUGCAAAUUUUCAAAAUAAAAAAGCUAAGAGAUUUAUGCGGUAGUGAAAAGCAAAGAAAAACACAAAAAAAAAAAUAAAAAACAUUUUUGCGAUUAGCUUCAGAUAAGCCAGAAGCGAAAAGUGUUAAUAAAGAAGCCAUCAAUACAAACAAUGCCUGCAACUAUUGUGCAAAUUGAUGUGUUAGCCUAAAAAGUGUUGUAAAACAGUUUAGAACUUUUGCUGCGUUUCAUAUAGUUGAAAUAUAGCCAGAGAAACAAAGAGUAAAUCCAUAUAAUGUCCAGUGCUGUGUUGUGCUGUCGGCGUUUGCUGUUGCUGCUGCUGGUCUGCCAGCUGCUGAUGAUGUCCUGUGAUGCGGCACGCAUCAAUCGCUCAGCCUUCAUGGACGGCGAUGUGCGCUCUGAGGUGGUCGAUCCUAACAAUCGCACUAUUUGGGGCAUGUUCAAUCUGACCGAGGAGCAGGUGAAUCGCAUACGCAGCGGCAGCAACCCGGCUGCCAAGGAUGAGGCCACACAGGCAAACAAAAAUCAUUUGCUAGAUCAAAUUGCCAGGCAACGGAUUAACGAGAUACGCUCACGCAUCCGCAUAGCGGUAACCAAGUCGGAUGUCAAUGAUAGCCAGGCGGAGCAGGCUGUGCAAAAUCAGCCAUCGCACGAGAAGGCCGGCUAUCCUAUAUGCAACAGCGAGACGACGCCCAGCAACUGGCAGCAGUCGACCAAUGUGACGCUGGAAUUCGCUAGCAGCGUCUUUCAGCAAUACGGCAAUAAUAAUUUAAUACUCGAUAGCGCAAUCUUGCGUCUAUACAAAAUAAAUCCGGCAGAUAAAACAGCAGCAGCGGCAGCAGCAACAACAAGCAGCAGCAACGUGGAGCCAACAGCUGAGGCCACGCCGCUGUGUCGCGAACCCUAUCUCGAGUCGCAGAUACGCGUCACCGUCUACAUUGUGCACCAGCAGAAGAAGAAACGUAAGUUAGAGCGCAAGAAGCGCACCUGCAACACCAUCAUGCUGAGCAGCACCAAGACCGGCUGGGUGGACAUCGAUGUCAAGUGCGCGCUCACCUACUGGGCACAACAGCAGCAGCAACAACAACAGCCACAGUCGUCACAACAGCAACUCCACUCACAUCUACCCAUCGAGGUGGGCCUGCUGAUGAUUGAAGUGCACGACGAUGAGGAGAAUCAACUGCUGCCAGGCCUCUACUUUCAGCCACCCACUUGCGUUCAGGCAGAUAUUGCAGUCCCGUGGUCCGUCUACGGACCAGCGACGCCUAUGCCUAAUAUGGAAAACAACACGUUGUCACGAUGCCCAAGGCUAGACGUUCGAUUCUUGGGCACCGGACUGCUGACGGAUAAGAGCUUUGCAAAUCGAACCAAUGGCAAGCUGGAAAACCUCAAGAACCAGGUGCUUAAUCCAUCACGCAGUCGAGAACACUUCAACGCCGAAGUGACCACAUUAAAUUCACCGACAAUUGACAACAAUUUGGAAAACAGCGAGAACGAAAACGAGGGCAGAGAAAAAAUACAUCAUCAUCGCAGACGACAUCAUCACCAGAACGUCGAGUGUGCAUCUAUGGAUGCCGAUGAAUCGUUUCAGCAGUCAGAGACACAGCAUCAGUUGCGAGCGCAUCAUAACCACCAUCAUCAUCAUCAUCAUCAGAACCACAAUCAUCAUCACCAUCAUCAUCAGCACAAGCAUCGUCAUGUUGUGGAGGAUGAGGAGUAGAUUAGAUUUAUAUAUGAAGCUCGUUUUGGCCAGGCCACACAUACGCACACAUACUCACAUACAUACAUACACACACACACACCAACACACACACUCAAUUACCAAUACAAUUGCACAUGCAUUCACCGAUUCAUGUCCUACAUGCUGGUCUUUAAUAGUUUAUUGUUUUUUUUUUUUGUAUCUUUAGGGCCAGUUGACUUAAU